AUGUCUCUUCCUCCAAUUGUCAAUUCUCCUCUAUUCAAUAGCUCUUACUUUAAUGCAUCUAACGGAUAUCUUACUAUUACUACAGGCGAUCAAAGAUACUUGCGGCUUGGUGGUGUUGGAACGUUAUCUGCAUUGAGCGUGAUGGGCAAUCUUGAUUGCGGUUCUCUGACACUUGGUGGUUCUGCGCUUGAUUUGAGUGGAUUGUCAUAUGCUCACGGGUAUCACCUCUAUUUCAUCUACAAGUAUUACUGGAACACUCACUGCUGGGGGGCAACCAAAUAUUACAUCGCUUGGGACUCUAACUACCAAUAUAAAAUUUACAAGCAAUCUUUAUGCUGA